UCGACGAGGCAGCCCUGCCCGACCUUUUUUACAAAACCACCAAGCCUUUCGGAUUGCUGCCUGCUCUUCCCUCAUGCCAUUAUCGUACGUUGUCCCCUCGUUGCAUUUCUAGACCUUGUCUGCUUGCAUAUCUGAUCGUCGAGCCGCGCAAUCGCUUGACGUGGGCCAAUUUGUCGCCUUGUGGAGCAUCCUCAGGCCUCCAUUUCUUCCUCACCAAUCGUCACGCCAUCAAGACACGUGAAGCGAGGCAGGUUGUUGCUGCCUGAUCAGUACCCUUGUCGACAUCACCUCUGCUCACACGCCUCUGCCGCUACACUUCAUCACCUACUUCCCCAUUCGGACCUUGCCUGCUCCCGCGGCGCCCUGACACGCGGUGACUCACUCGACCACGUACGCCUUCAAAUCUCCGCACUCCCGCGAGGUUAACGCGUUGCUUGUCCUUUCCAAUGGCUUCUGGAUCGUUGGAGCAGACGUCAGACGUGUCCGGCGUGACUCCUGCCUAUCGGCGCAAUGGCAAGCUCUUCAGCUGUGAACCUUGUCGACGUGGGAAACUCCGCUGCGACCACCGUACUCCCGUCUGCGGCCGCUGCGCACGUCGCAACAAGCCCGGCCAGUGCUUCUACCAUCCCGCUCCCCUCACCAAACAGCGCUCGUCCCCAACCGCGCCGCUGCGCCCGUCGCUGCAGCCAGACCUGGCGUCGACGAGCCCGACAGACCUGCUGCCAGCUCAUGACAGGUCCCCGAUUGGACUGAUGAGUCCGCCCAGCAGCACCACCCCCUCCAUCCCGCUGCUAGACCACCACUCGUUCGCCGCCUUGUCCGCAACGUCGUUGCCCCACGCAUCGCUGCUGCAAUCGCCCUUGCAGCCGCCCACGGCCCCCGCCAGUGUCUACGACGAUCGCAGUCUGGUUUCAUCGGUAUCGUACACCAGCCCCGAAGGCUCCACCAUGUCCUUCCGAGACAGCAAGGCUGGCUUCUUGGGUCCCACCAGCUACAAUGCCGUCUUCAGCGAGAAUGCGGGCAGCAUCGGUGUCAUCCCCGAAGCCGAUGACCACUCGCACCUGCCCCCCGUUGCAGCAGACAAGAUUAAGCAAGGCGCCGAAGUGCUCAGUCUGCUUCGCGACAUGCCCAUCUACCAGGAAUUCACCCAGCGCUGGUUCGAACUUGCCGAGGGCGCCGUCAAUCUCCAGCCUACCUUUCGCAUCUGGACCGAAGAGCUCUGGGCGGAGUUCGGCACCGUGCUUCAAGAAGGCAAACCAGAAGAGCUCUACAGCCUCUCGGAGCUCGUCUGGCGGAAUACGCGCAAGCCCAUGAACGUCCACGGCCAGAUGACCGCUCGAGAAUGGGCCAAAGCUCCUUCCGGCCGCAAUCUACGAUGGGAAGUCGUGGGCACCAUUCUUAACGUCGUCGGCCUCAUCGCCGUCAAUCUUAGCAAUUGGGACGCCAUCUUUGACUCCAUCAUCGAGAAGUAUGUCGACCGGAUUACGUUCGCCGAGCGCAUGCGCAAGGCGUCCGAAUUCUGCCUGUGCUUUUGCUACGAGAGUGAGGUGUUGAACGACAUCUACAUUUCAUUCAUGUUUGAGGAUCUCAUUCUCGUCAGCUGUCUCAAAGGCGAGGCCCAUUACACGGCUUGGCAGCGGACUGGCGAAGUGUGCGACGCCAUCGUAGCCAUGGGUAUGCACCAACUCACCGCGCCGGAUGCCGAUACCCCCUUCUUUCUGUGUGAGAUCCGAAAGAGACUGUUUGCAUCUGCCUAUGGGCACGACAAGAUGAUCUCAACCUUCUUGGGACGCCCGCCGCGGCUAUCGCACCGGUAUUGCAAGAUCGAGCUCCCCCUGGAUCUAGCCGAUGAGCAGCUCUUUUUGGAGGGCGCGGAACUCGACGCGGCGCUGGCUGAGCUGGACGUGAACGGAUGGAAUACCAACGGCGUUCAAGGUCGGGCCACAUGGUCGCGGGUCUGGCUACAGAACAUGCGAAUCCGUGAAGACAUCCUCGAGAUCGCCCUCGGCUCUGGCGACGAGGACGUGGGAGCGCAGGCCGAGCAGAUCCUCUACAAGCUCGAGCAGGCACGCUCCAGCUACCCAGACUUUAUGCGCCGCACUCCGGAGCAGGUGCUUGAAGAAUGCGAUGCCACCUUCAACACCGCGACUCGGGUGAAAAAAGGCCGGCUCGCCAAACAGGUCACGGCCAUCUUUACGCUCUGUGUGCACAUCGGCAUUGUACACACCGAGUUUCUGUUGCAGCGCGCGCUGGUCAACCGCAAACGCGCGGACACCCGGGCCAUGAUACCGAAGUCGCGACGCAUGCUGAAGCUGGUGCUCCUAGCGCAAUCACGCAAAGACUUCCUCCGAGACUUCCAGGGCGACAUCACAGGCUUGAUGGCCCUUGAUGGUCUUCCGGCGGCCGGUGUGAUGGCCAUUGAGCUCCUGAAACAAGAACAGACGAGAAUGCACACGCCCGACAUCCUUCCGCGCUCCGAGACGAUCCAAGACCUCAGCGUCUUCAUCUCCGCGUUGGCCACCGUGAGCCCGGGCGAGGGCAGCUACUCCAUCUGCAACCAGGGCCGCAAAGCCCUCAAAAAGGUGCUCGAUCAGAUUCUGUCGCCGAUGCAAGCGCCGACGCCUGGAUCGACGGAACCGCCGUACGACGACAUAUCGCUGUACUUCCCGACUGCCAACGACGCCGAUUUCCUGCAGUGGUUGGAGAACUUUGAGUGGGAUCGAAGUGUGAAUCCUGGAGUGUCUCACGAGCACCAGUGAGGUGAUAUACGCUGGAGAUCGAUUGGUAAAAGCGCGGCGUUUUGGAUGUCAUUUGAAUCGGGUAUUGGGGGAUGAGGGACGAUUUAUGAGCGCUGAGCGAGGUGAAUGCCUAUACCCGGUAGUCUUAUAGACAGCUUUGGGAUGGUUAUUUGUGUUUAAUCUACGCAGAGCGGCAAUGCACUUCACAUUAGCUCCGCCAUAAUGAG